GCAUACUCGUUUUAAGUCUGCUCUGCAGAAAAUAUUGAAGAUAAUGCAGAGCUAUGCAUUACUACGUACGGCUUAAUUUUUGAAUUCUUACUGCAUUUCGCUGAACUGUAAUGCGCUUCCUUGCUUCAUGUUUUUAUGAUUUCAAUGUGCUUUGAUCAUAUAAAAUGUGAAUUUUUAAAUAGAGUAUUGUGCAAUAGAGCAUUAUCAAUUUCUCUGCAGAUCGACGCCGAAAUUUUGGAAAGGCUUUAAAAAUCAAUACAUAUUUAACUACAGACUUAUUUCAAACAAUAAAUAUUUAAAGAUCAGUCUGAAUAAAGAAACAUGCUGCAUUAUAAAGGAGCUAUUGUUAUCUUUGCAUUUUGCUUUCAUUCAUUUGAAGUACUUGCUGCUUCAGACAAAAAAGACUAUUCAGACUGGAAAAAUCCAAAUGGCUCACAUGAACCACCUGUUCACACAUGGGAUUUUGAGUUUGAUGAUAAACAAGUGCAGGAUGGUGGAAUUGAAAGUGAAAAAUCAUUUUUAAAAGCUGCAGAAAUUGUUACAGAGAAUGACUUAUGCAAGAAUCUGCAGUGCAAACCACAUCAGGUUUGUCUCGUGGAAGAUGAUGAUGUGGCUGUUUGCAUUAGCAAACGAAAGCUUAGUGCAAAGGAAAACAUGCUGAAACUCGCAGCAUCAAAAAAAGUUAAAAGUAAGGAUCGUAACAAUGAUGACGUAUUCUGGGAAAAAGGAGAAGAAAAUGAAAAGGAGGAUUCCAACUAUGAAUCUCAAAAUCCAUGUAUACCUUGUCCAGUUUUAAAACCAGAAUUUGUUUGUGGAUCUGAUAAUCAUACAUAUUCUUCAGUCUGUCGUUUGGAAUUUCGCAACUGCAUGCACAAAGCUUCUGUGAAAGUCAACUGUAAAGGGUUUUGUCCCUGCAAAAGUAUAAAAAGUGAUAUUGAUAAAAAUAAGGAAUGGCAAAUGAAAGAUCGUUGGAAUCGUUACAUGAACAAGUACCAGAAUACUGUUAAAAAACCGAGUUCAGUUCAUAAAUCUACAAAGAAGUCACAUUCAGUUAGUCAACUAAUUGAAACUUCAAAAACACAGAUUAGCAAGGAUGUUACAACCGCAGGCACUGACACUAUGCAGAAACCAUCCAAACAGAAUGCUAAAAUUGUUGCUACACCUAUUGUUGAAAAAAGUUGCAAUGAGAAUGAACUGAAAGCUAUGGGAGAUCGCCUUUUGGAUUGGUUUUCUGUUGUUAUGGCUGAUCAUCGUCGAGGUCAGUCCCGUAGGCGCUCUUUCCGCUUGAGUCAUACUCAACUGCCAGACUGUAAACCUGAAGUGAGUUGGAUGUUUCAACAUUUAGAUACUGAUGGAGACUUAAAAUUAUCUCUCCAAGAACUGUAUGACCUUGAAAAUGAUGAUCAAGAACAUUGCUUACGACCUUAUCUUUUAGACUGUGAUGUUGAGCGAGAUCUUGUUUUGAGUCCAUAUGAAUGGUGUUCUUGUUUCGAUAAAUCUCAGCGUCCGUGUGCAGCUGCUCUUAGAAGAACUCCACAGGGAUUGGUUGGUGGUUACACACCACUUUGUGAUGGUGAUGGCUAUUACUUACCAACUCAGUGUCAUAUCGGAUCAGGUACUUGUUGGUGUGUUGAUCGUCAUGGUGUUGAAUUUACCAACACUCGACGUCGAGGACGUCCGGAUUGUGAGGGUCUACUUAGAAGAGGUCAGUAUCAUCAUGAAAAUGCCAGAGAUGACGACCAGGAAGAUGAUAGCAGUGAAGAAGAGGGGUCAGCUGAUCGACCUUUAGACUUUUGAUUUAUAUGAAUUUCAGUCUGCAGAUGCCCCUUUUCAAAACUUUUAUUCCAUAGCUUAAAUUUUAAUCACAGAAGCUUUUGUCUAGUGCACUAAACAUCAUGUUAAUUUUUUGCUUGUGUCAUAGAAAUAUGAAGUUAACUUCAGGUACACAUAUCUUAUAUGUCCCCAUGGCUUAUAUGUUAAUGUGCUGUUGUAAGCUUUUGUAAGGAGUUUGUAAUUUCCAUGUGUGGGAGUUAUACUGUUAUGCCAAGAUGCAAUGCAUUACUUUUAUAUUUCAAAUGCAAAUAUUAGGAAGUUUCAUUAGAGGUAUAUUAGUAUUUAAAAUGUGCAUUGCUUUAUGAGCACGGUUCCUUCUCAAUGCUCCCUGCCCUCCUUAUUUUGUUGUUUCCUAUGUUUUCUUAUGAAAAAGUAAGAAGUUCCAAUAUAUAUGAAAUGUGCAUGUUUAUAUAUACCUGUGCACUGCUUUGUUGCAUUUAAUUCAUCCUGUUUCUUACUUCUGGAGGGCUUAAUGUAUUUAGCAUGUGAUUAUAUUUGCUGAAAGUUGUAGCUUAGAAACAAACCAGUGAAUUAAGUCAUUCAUCUGGAUAAUGCUUGAGGAAAAUUCGUAAAUUCCCAUUAAUAUGCAUUUUUAGAAACAAUUAUUUCAGAUUUCAAAUAAAGAUAAUUUUUAUGCUUGUAUGUUAUUUUCAGGCUGUUCAUAGGAAUCAUAAAAUACAUUUAAAAAUAUAUGUAUUUUUAUGAUAGUUUAAUUCCUGUUCACAAUAGACAGUGGAAUAAAUGUGACAUUUUUUCAUAUUUCUUAAAUAUUAAAUUGAUGUUAUUUCUGUAUAUAAAAAAAUUUGUAAUUAUAGACCUAAUAAUUUGUAAUACAACCCUGUUAUUUCUAAAAUUGUAUCUGCAUGUAGUAAGCUGUAAAAAUGAAUUUAUAUUAUAUGUAUUUUUGCAUAUUUGCAGUUGUGAAAUUACUUUUAAAUUGAAAGCAAAUAUUUUCAUUAAAAAUUUGUUCUUUAUGUUAAAUUGUAAUAUUUAACAAUAAGAAGAAUUUAAUUAUUCAAGUAAUAGCUGUGUGUUUUACUUAGGAUUGUGGACAUUUUUGCUAUUUCUUUUAUGGAAAUUAUUGCAUAAAUCACAGGUUAACCUGCAUUAUUAUUAGCAGAAAAUGAUAGCAGUGCACAGGUAAAUGUCAUAUGUAUAUUUUUUUAGUUAUUUUUAUGUAUUGAUUAUAUUAUUGUUUAGAUGGCUGUUGUAAUACCUUAUUUGAGGAUAAGGUUUUUAUUUUUAAUAUUUAAAUUGUUCUAUAAUAUGUAAAAGUCUGGAAAAUUUCUUGACGUUUGUCAUUUUUGCCCACAGAAGCAAUGUAUAUGCAUUAGUGCCAAACAUUCAUGAAACAGAUUAGUCUAGAAAUUUAAUCAGUUGUGUUUUAUCCAGACAUCCACACCACUGUCUUUGCUGUAGUACUCUAUUAUAAGUGUUACUGUUGUAAGCCUUGUUUUUCCCGUAUAACUUUGUACGAUAUUUUCAUAAAUUGUGAUAGUUUUGAAUAUAAAGUUAUGCAAUAACUUUGAAUAUUUAAUGCAUUGAAUUGAGCCAUCUGUGUAAAAAUUUUAUUCACAAUUAUUUUCAGAAGAAUAUUUUUCCUUAUUAUUUACCUCAUGUUUCUUGAGCUGACUAAUGCUGAUAUGCUCGGCUUUCAUUUUGAUGUAUCAUUUCUAUACACUUUUACCCAUAUUAUAAGUGCCUCUCACCUCCCUCCCAAGCUUUUUGUUGAACAUAUUAUCUCUAUUAUUUAAUUUUUCUUAAAAUGAUGCAUUAUUAUUUAUAAUAGUGUAUUCUCCCUACUCAUCCUCCUUUUGAACUGUUUUUAAUUAUUAUUUAAUUAUUAUGUGUGUAUAUACAUAUAUAAUUAACCAAUAUUAUGAUACUUAAUACUGUCUUAAGAAAAUUGUAAAAAAAAACAUAGCAAAGUGUUUAAAAGAAUGCAGCAUAAGUCAAAAGUAAAAUGAAAGUAAUUUAUUAAAAAGUCCACAAUGAAGAAACAGAUUUGUAAAUAGCUUUAACAUCAGUAACAGCGAAUAAUCUGCUUAAUAGAAAAAGGUUCACCAUAGUAAAAUAACAAAGAACAGUAUUGUUUUAAGAAUAAAAUUGAUCAAAAACUCAAGUAUGUUAUUAGUGUUUACUCAAGUAUAUUAUAAGUAUUUAUUAUAAGCAUAAUGGUUGAAAAAGCUUGAAAUUUUAAUUAAUAUGAAUUAUAAAAUGUUUAAUAGAAUUUAGAAUUGAUUGUUUUUACUGCAGCAAAAGUAUGCGAAUAAUCAUAUUGAGGGGGGGGGGCGAACUUAAGUAAUAUACUUGGAUAAAAGAAGUAUGAAGUAAUAUUAUUUUAGUAAUAUAAUUUUUGGCUUCUGUUUAUUAUUAUUGUUAUUAUUAUUAUUCCAGUUAAGAUUGAUGAUAAGUAUUAUGUUUGUCUGCUCAUACUUGUAAUUCAGCCUCCCCUCUUUCUCUCAAAUUUUUAUAAAUUUGUGUUAUCUCUACUCUAGCUGUUACUUUUAUGUUUUUAUAUUCAGCUAUUUUAGUGUUGUAUAAAUGCAUGUUUUUAUUCCGUAUUUGUACUUUAUUUGUAAUUAAUUUAUUUUAAUUGCCUUUUCUUAUUCUUUUUAGUAGUAAUCAGUGGCGUAGCAAGGGGGGGCAAGGGGGUGUAUGAUGCCUCGGGGUGCCAAAUGGUCUCCAAACAUCAUUUUCAUCCUAUCACUUUUUUUUUUUUUUUUAAGGGGGUUGCGCCAAAAAGGUAUUUUGCCCCGGGCACCAGUUAUGCUCGCUACUCCACUGGUAGUAAUGUAUAUAUUAAUGCAACAUUUUUAUAUAAUAAGUUGUAUAUUUUUGCUAUGGUUUGUUUUUGUAUACAAAAAUGUACUUUAACUGUCUCAUGUCUGAAAAUAAUUAUGAAUAUAUAUUAUUAUUUUCUUUUUUUUUUUUUUUUUAAUCUUGAAAAAAAUUCUUUUGCAGUAAACUUUUAUUCAAAAUAGGAAGAGAAAAAAUUCAGUAUUUUUUGCAGCUUAGUUUUCUGCUGCAUUGAAUGUUCAUACAUAACAUUUAUACAUUCUGUGAUUAUUAAGAUGUAUGUUUGCUGAUGAUAUUAAUUUACUGUAGAUGAUGUCUUUCAAUUUUGAUAGUUUCCAUUGUUUAGAACUUGCAUUUCUGCACUUCAUGUUUUGCAUCUUUGUGUUCAUAACUGCAAUUAGCUAAGAUGCUAAGUAUGAUUGUGUUUGUGUUUUGUAUUUGAUAAAGUAGAUCUGAAUAUUUGGAAGAAAAAUUUCAUUAGGAUAUUUAAUACAUGAAUUUUAUAUUUCAUAUGCAUUAUAAAAAUAAAUUCAGAUGAAAGAUUUUUAAUACAUUUAAAAGAAAUGAUGAAGAAAUUAAAUUUGAAAAUAAUAGCAAAGAAAUGGCAUAUAUCCUGUGUGCAUUUUUAAUUUGUUAUUGUACUUUUAAGUUAUUUGCAGGUUGUUAAUAAUAUAGUUUCUACUUUCCAAAAUAUAUUUAGGCCUAGCUUUUUGCUUAUGUGGUACAAAAAAUCUGAAAAUAUAUUCAGAUUUUGCUUAGCAAAGUAGUGAUGAGAGACUUUGUCUUUGGAAGCUUUUUUUUUUUUUUUUUUCCCCUAACAUUACUAUCUUUUUUCAGCAGUACAAACCAACAGCAAGUUUUGAGAAUCCUUUAAAAUAUAAAAAACAUUUUCAUGUCAACUUUCUAUGUAUUAAGUUCUAAGUUUAAUCUGCAAACUUUAUGCAACUUGGAUUAUUUCUACUGUAUAGAGUGGGGAAAUUUUCUUUUCUAAUGUAUGUCUUGGAAGUUAGUGAAUAAUUAUACUGCAUUUUCACCGACUUGACUCUUUAUGUAUAAUUUAAAAUAAUAGAUAAAUAUUUCUGUUCAGAUGCAUAAAGUGUGAUAUGUAGAGAAUUUGGUUCUGUUGCACUAACAUGUUAUUUGGAUAAGAUUUAAUUUGUAGAAAUCAGUUCCUAAUUUUAUAAAACAUGCAGUAAGGUUCAUUGAAAGCAAAAUAUAUAUCUUCAGAAUAAAGAUUUCUUGUUUGUUAAGUUUAUCUUUCUAAAAAUAGAGAAGACAUUUCAAAAUGUUUGUUUUGAUAUUUUUUUGUGUGUGUGCUACUGGUUUUCAACCAUAAUGAACUUUAAAAAAAAAUGUAGAAUUUGAGUUUUCAUGAGAAAUACUUUGAGGCUGAUCAAAUAUGGUUUUCGUGAACUAAUUUCUGUUUAAUCUUGCUAAACCAAAAUUCAUGUAAUCAAAGAUAUCAAUUCAUAAAAAAAAUUUCAUAGACCCGUGAUUCAAAUACUGAAUAAUAAUCAACUGAAAAUUAUUUUAAAAAAAAAUUAUCUCUCUAUUGAAUUAUUUUUUAAACAAUAAAAAGGCUUAAAUUAUUUAUGUGCUAUAUGAUGAAAUAAUGUGAAAUUUCGCUUUAACAUUCUGAUUAAAUUGAAUAUCAGUAGUAAUAUAUUUGUCUACAUUUCGUAAUCUUUUAAAAUACGCAUAUAUUACCUUAGCUGCAAAUUUAUUUAGGAAUAUUAUUUAGUCUGCUAUGAGAGUUUUAUAAAUUUGGAAUGUAACUUAUUAAAGAAACAGAAACUUCAAAAGCAAAUUGAUAAGCUUUAAACUGAAAUGAUUUAAAGAGAAGCUAGAAAUCUUAAAUCUUUUCCAAACAAGGAAGAGUUCCACUUAUGUAAUUAUGGGUACUGUUCGCCACAUCCAGGUAUACUGCAGCUGUCUGUAAUGGGUUAAAAGACAGUAUUUUAUAAUGGACAGCAUGUUGAGUACAGUGGGACAGCUAGAGGGAGGCCGAGAGAGACAUUUGUUCCUGGGUGCAGCAUCCAAGAAUUGCAAAAUGAUGUUGUGAAAUUUUAUGUUAAAUGUUUUUGGUUCCUGGCAGACAUAAGGGUGUGUGAAAUUCUCAGUUGUCCCUGGGUACUGAAACCCCUAUAUGAUUAUCGGGUUUCCAUUCUGUUUUACUCUUUCUGCAAAGCAGAAGUGAAUGCAACUUGUAACAGAAGAAUGUGUUGUUCUUCAUUGUCUCAUAAGAAUUUUUAAAGUGUGCUUAUAACAAAUAAGGGAAAUAGAAAAAAAUGCUGAAUGAGAAAUGCAUAAAAAAGAAAUAAACUUAAAAAUCUAAUUCAGCCAAAAAUAUGCAUAAUUCAAAUGGCCAACCUUUUUUAAAUGUAUAUAAACAGGAA